AUGACGACUAUCAAAACAAUUACAUUACCACUCUAUGUUCAAAAAUUUAUAAUUAAAUUAUUAUGUCGACAUAUAAAUAAUAAUAAUAAAUUAAUUGAACCAUCAGAUUUUUUUAUUGAUUAUAGGGAUAAUGAAGAUGAAAUUAAGAGAUUAAUAUUUUCAAUAGCAUUAGUAUCAAAAGAUUGGUUAAAAUCAUUAUCAAAUUAUUUAAAUGUUGCAGUAGAUUUCAAUUUUUUAGAAAAAGAAAAAGAUAAUCAAUUUACAAUCUUUAAAGAAGAAAACAUUAAAAUUUUAAAAAUUCACUAUGAUCAUGAAAAGAAAUAUUUUUAUAAAAUGAUACCAAGAAUAAAAAAGAAUUUAGAAGAAAUUGAAAAUAAUAAUAGUAAUAAUAAUAAUAAUAAUAGUGAAAAUAAUAAUAAUGAAAAUAAUAUUAAUAAUAUUUUAAUUGAUAAUGAAGAAGAAAAUAAAAAAUAUAUUGAAAAAGAGAUUAGUUUAAAAUUUGUUAAUAAAAGGUUAGAAAAUUUAUCAAAGAAUGGAAUUUUUAAAAAAUUAAUAUUUAGAAAUAUAAAUACUCAUCAAAAUAUUGAUAUUAUUGAUCAACUUUUUGAAUGUGAAGCAACUGAAGAAGGUUUACAAGUAUUAGAAUUUGAAUUGAAUGAAGAUACAACAAUGGAAAGAAUUAAUCAUUAUAAGAAAAAGAUUAAAAAAGUUUUCUCUAUUAUAAUUAAUGAAUGUUUAAAUGAAGAAUUAAUAGUUGAUGUUUUUAAAAAUUGGUCAAAAGAUUUAAAUCAAUUUUAUAUAAUUUCAUGUAGCAUUACACCAUUUCCGAUAUUUCAAAUUUUAGCUGGUAUUGGUGAAAUUACUUCAUUCACUUCUGAUUUUUUAAAUGAUAGUAGUAAUUGUAUAAAUAAUAACAAUAAUACCACUACUACUACUAAUAAUAAUAAUAUUGAUAAUAAUAAACCAUAUAAAACUGGUAUAAAUUAUUUAUCAAAUAUUCAAUUUUUUGAGAUUUAUGGUAUGGAAAUAACAUUUGAUGAAUUGGAAGUAUUGAUUACACCAAAGAUAACGCCUAAAUUAAGAUACUUAUCAAUUAAUAUAUGUUUUGAUAAGUUGAUGUAUUUUUUAGCAACUGAACAGGAAAGAGUGAAAUUAAACAUUCCAAGAUGUAAUUGUUGUAGUCUUUUAAACGAACAAUUUGGUUAUGACCCACAAGAUCAAAAAGAUUUCGAUGCUCAUUGGGCAACCAUUUCAAAUUUGUUAAAAAAUAAUAAAACUUUGAAAGCUUUGGAUUUAGGUCACGAAUGUACUGACGCUGGUGAACUUAUGAAUUGGGGAGACACUUUUCCAACUAGUUUUGUUGAAAGAGUUGGUGCUUUAGUAUCCUCAAUUCCAAAUUUAAGUAGAUUCAUCAUGAUGGGUGCUAAUUGUCCACAAAUAUUUCACGAAAUUGCAAAACAAAAUAAAUCAAUCAUUCAUUUCGAAUCUGGUAUCCUAUCUGGUCUAACAGAUCAUUCAAAUUAUGCAUUAUCUUUGGAAACUCUAAUUGAAAAUAAUCCACAUAUCGAAUCUUUUAAUUUCUCAAAAUUUUGCUUUGCUUUAGAAAAUGGUUCAUAUUCUUAUAAAAAAAUUUCAGUAUUUAAUUUUCCAAAAAAAUAA